AUGUCAGCAGAAGAUGAUUUAAUUCCUGAAAAAGUAGAAGGUUAUACCGUUGGUGAAAAGAAAACAAUUGAUGAAUAUAAUAAAUUAGAUGCUGAAGAUGAAUCAUUAGCUAAAUGGAAAGCAUCAUUAGGUUUAUCAACAAAUUCAAAUUUAUUACCAAUUAAACCUAAUGAUUUUCGUAAAGUUGUAAUUACAGAAAUGGCAUUAGAAUUUCCAGAUCAAAAUUUAAAUCCAAUUGUAAUUAAUUUUGAAGAUGCAAAUGGUAAUACUAUUAAAGAUAAUGAAGUUAAAUUUCAAAUUAAAGAAAAAUCAAUUUAUCAAUUAAUUAUUAAAUUUAGAGUUCAAUCGGAAAUUAUUACUGGUUUAAAAUAUUUACAUAGUGUUAAACGUGGUGGUAUUAGAGUUGAAAAAUUAGAAGAACCUUUAGGUAGUUAUGCUCCAAAUACAAUCGAUAAACCAUUUUAUGAAAAAAAAUUCGGUGAAGUUGAAGCUCCAAGUGGUAUGAUUGCAAGAGGUACUUAUUCUGCUGUUUCUAAAUUUGUUGAUGAUGAUGAUAAUGUUCAUUUAACUGUUCCUUGGAGUUUUUCAAUUGUAAAGUAA